AUGGAGGAAUCGCAAUCAUCUGACCACUGGGUGCAUGGUCGUACUACAUCAGCCUUUCAGCACCAACGUUGGGUAACCUUGCCCCCGCGGUGUCGAUCCCACCGCUGUUCGUAUAUUUGCGCUCAGGCCCCGGGCAAGGCAAACUCUUCCAACAAGCCUGCGUGUUCUCCCGAUGUUCUCAAGGUGAAUGUCCUAGAUUGGGCUCUGGAAUCUAAUGGCGGGUAUCAAUUAAUCGCGCGACAGGUUCCUGUGCCUGAGCUAGCUCAGUUGCCUGUACCUGUACUACGGAUCAUUUUCUCGCCCCUGGACCUGCCAAGCAGUGUCUCCGCAGAAGGCUUUCUCUGGCUCUUUGAUCACUAUGCUGCGCCGUCUGCAUUUCUUGCGGGAAGAUUGCGGUCGGUCACACACUCCUUUGGAGCUCUGAAUUAUAUGGAUGGCUAUAAUUGCGCCUGGUUUCACUAUCUAUGUAAGAAUAUCACCGUCGCUCGCGACGCCCACGGCAAGGCGUGGAUAUCCGAUCCCAGACCAGGAGCGCCGCAGCUCAAGCACGGAGACUGGACGUGGAUACGCUCUGGGUAUUUUCUGCGAUGGGCAGUGGACUCGAAGCGAGAUCCUGAAGUGACGCUGAUCUGUUUUGGCGCGUCAAUCUCUCUCAAAGAACGUCUUCAACAAAUUCCGUCGUCGUCAAUAUCAAACAGUGUUGUCCGUGACCCAUAUAGUCUCUUCGCCAUCAUCCUGGAGGAACUGUCUCUGCAAAUGGACAAUACUGUCUGGGACGUCCUCGAUGUCUUUCGACAUAUUGAAUUGAACACCCUGACCACGGCGAGGGAUAGGGAGUCAUUCACCGGGCUGCAUAAUGUCUCCAAGCAUAUCCUGUUCCUGCAAGAGAGCGCCGAAGCCACUCUGCUUACUUUGCGAAACCUGUCCGGGCAUCACGGACGUAUCCUCGACACAGUUCCUGACCCGGACCGCCACGCGACUGAAACGGCACAGGGAAUGCUGGCACACGCCGAGACGCAGUUCCAGUCCACUAGUUUGCGCCUGAAGAGUCUUGAAAAACGAAUGGAUAAUAUUAUCGCAUUGUCCUUCCACCUCGUCACGCAAGAUGGCAAUCGAAUCAUGCAAGCAGAUAGCAAUUCCAUGGCAACUAUUGCGUUCGUAACACUUAUAUUUCUGCCAAUGUCGACCGUAUCCACCAUAUUUGGGAGCCAGUUCUUCAAUUUCGAUCGUUCUCUAAUCCGCAUAUCGCAGAGCUUCUGGAUCUUCUGGUUAGUCUCCAUUGCGCUGACUUUACUGGUUCUUAUCUUUUGGCGUCUUUCCAUCAAGCGAGUGCCAUCGUUGGAAGUUCGCGACGUAUUCAGUAUGGGGAGGUGGGGACGGUAA